GUCGCCUCGCAAACGCAAUACGGCGCAUGCGCAGAGUGUUGAGUAACGCAGGGCUCGCGCGUGUUGGCGAUGGAUUCUCAAAAAGAUCUGCAGCCCCCGAAACAGCAGCCCAUGAUCUACAUCUGUGGAGAAUGUCACACAGAAAAUGAGAUUAAAGCCAGAGACCCCAUCAGAUGCAGAGAGUGCGGCUACAGGAUCAUGUACAAGAAGAGGACGAAGAGAUUGGUCGUGUUCGACGCCCGAUGAGCUGCAGGAUGGAUUUCCCUUCCAAGCCCAGACUGUCGUUAGAUUAAUGUGCUUUUGUUUCCUUCUUUAUUUUCUUUUUGCUCCAUUUCAGAUGGAACUGUAAAUAAGUGUACACAGGUUGAAUGAUCAGAAAUACAGUUUUCUUUAAAAAUGCUGA